GGUUUCAAAUCCCCAUCGAAGCUGGAAAGCCAUCGGCGCAGUCACAGUGGGGAAAGGCCAUUCACUUGUUCCAUUUGUGGGAAGGGAUUCACUCAGUCAUCCCAUUUACUUGCACACCAGUCCGCACACACUGGGGAGGGACCGUUUCCCUGCUCAAACUGUGGGAAGGGAUUCACUCGGGUAUCCAACCUACUGAGACACCAGUGCACUCAUACUAGUGACACGGCGUAUAAAUGUCCAGACUGUGGAAAGUUCUAUAAAAAUUCUGGGGAAUUGAUGCACCAUCAAUGUAUUCAUACUGACGAGAGACCGUUCGAGUGUCCUUAUUGUGGGAUUAGGUUCAGGCGAUCAUCUUACCUCACUGUCCACCAGCGAAUUCACACAGGGGAGAGGCCAUUCAGCUGCUCUGAGUGUGGUAGGGGUUUCACUCAGCUAGCUCACCUGCUGACGCACGAGCGCGCACAUACCGGGGAGAGACCGUUUCCCUGCUCUGACUGUGGGAAGAGGUUCACUCAGCUUUCCAACCUACUGAGACACCAGCGAGUUCACACUGAUGAGAGACCGUUUAAAUGCCCAGAUUGUAGCAAGUUCUUCAAAAGUUCCAGGGAAUUGAUCUCCCAUCGACAUACUCACACUGAUGAAAGACCGUUCGGAUGCUCUCGCUGCGGGACUGCAUUCAGGCGAUCAUCUCAACUCACUGUGCACCAGCAAAUUCACACCGGCGAGAGACCAUUUACCUGCCCUGAGUGUGGGAAAGGAUUCAGUGACUCGUCCAACCUACAGAUACACCAGAGGGUUCACACUGGGGAGAGACCUUUUAAAUGUCCAGACUGCGCAAAGUGCUUUAAAAGUUCCGGAGAGCUGAUGUCCCAUAAACAUGUUCACACAGACGAGAGGCCAUUCAAGUGCUCUCACUGUGGGGCUGGGUUCAAGCACUCAUCUCAACUCACUGUCCACCAGCAAGUUCACACGGGGGAGAGGCCAUUCACCUGCUCAGUGUGUGGGAAGGGGUUCAGUGAUUCAUCCAACUUGCUAAUACACCAGCGAGUUCACACCGGCGAAAGACCUUUUCAGUGCCCAGAGUGCGGGAAGUGCUAUAAGAGUUCGGGGGAACUGAAAUCCCAUCAACGUGCUCACACGGACGAGAGACCGUUCAGCUGCCCUCGCUGUGGGAUGAAGUUCAAGCGGUCAUCGCACCUCACUGUCCACCAGCGGGUUCACACUGGGGAAAAACCGUUCUCCUGCUUCAAGUGUGGGAAGGGAUUCACUCAAUUAUCGCAUCUCCUGAGACACCAGCAAACUCACAAGUAA